GUUGUGGACUACGGAUGUUCUGAAAACAGCAAUAUGCUCUUCUAUUGUGCUUUCUAAGAGGUUAGAAUGUCUGCUGGGGAUGUACCGAGGAGCCCUAGUGACAGCGAGUCUCUUAACCACGAAGAUGAUACCGAAGAACACACAGAAGAGCCCGAAGUACGCAAGCCGGAGAACAAGAGCAAAACUUUUGGUGCAAAGAGACAAAACGAUGUCCCAGUUCUCUUGAACCGCAGGAGCAAGAUCGUCAAUGGGUAUGUCAAGGGUUCCAAGGACAAAAAGCAAUUGAGAGGUAAAGAAGAGAGAGAUAACGAGGAGAGAAUAGAGGAGAUUAUGAGGAAAGAGAAAGACAGGAGAAGCACUGACAGCGGAAUUGGCAGGAUGUCUGCUGAAGGGGUGGAGAGUCCCACGACUGAUGACCAGGUGAAGAGAACAGGAUGGGAAAGAGGCUCAGGAAGAUGGAAGGAUGGAGAUGAGGGGCAGAGAGGAAGCGGAGAAAGAGGGAGAAGCAGAGAAUCGCGAAUGUCUGGUCGUGGAGUCCUGAAAAAGGAGGAGAUGGCUCGCCUAGAGAAGGAGCUGGAACAAGAGAUGAGAUACAGAGCUACACUGGAGCAGCUCUGCGUGGUCAAGCAUAACUUGUCCAGUAAAGACCCGGACACGAUCCAGUGGUCAGUAGGGAUGCUGGAGCAGAGUGUCCAGGAACUGGAGAAACAACUGCAAAACUUUGGUGAAGGCACAGGAGAAGGUAGCGAGUACAAGCUGAGGUACGAGGCUCAGCUUGAGCUUAAUGACAAGCUCGAAGAACAGACCACGUGGUACCUUGCUGAAGUUGACAAGACCAGGGAGAAAAUCAAGCGAGGUCAAGAGUACACCUACGACCAAGACCUCGACGAGUACAAUGAGUUUGAGUUGCUGAGGAUGGUGAAGACUCUGGAGAGAGAGAGAAACAACUUGUACAGUGACCUCAGGAACCUCAGCUGGAUCCUUGAUAAUCACUCCAAGGAAUAUUACCACCUGAAGGAAUUGAUAAGAGCAUACACGGGCGACCUGACCAUCGUCAACAGGUCGUUGGAACAUAUGUGGAGACAACAGAACGUGAACUACGAAGCUCACUUCACCGGAGGGUCAACGCCAGUCACGUCUCCUGGAGGUGUCAAGUGGAGGUACGAGAGAUACAUGACUGUGGAAGGAUAUAUGACUGUGGAAGGAUACAUAACUGUGGAAGGAUACAUGACUGUGGAAGGAUACAUAACUGUGGAAGGAUACAUGACUGUGGAAGCAUACAUAACUGUGGAAGGAUACAUGACUGUGGAAGGAUACAUAACUGUGGAAGUAUACAUAACUCUGGAAGGAUACAUGACUGUGGAAGUAUACAUAACUGUGGAAGGAUACAUGACUGUGGAAGGAUACAUGACUGUGGAAGGAUACAUGACUGUGGAAGGAUACAUGGCUGUGGAAGGAUACAUGGCUGUGGAAGGAUACAUAACUGUGGAAGGAUACAUGAUUGUGGAAGGAUAUGCUUAUAUGAACACUUGUCGAUGUACAGCAAAUAAAUAUGAAGAAAAUAUACCAGAAGAUAACACUGUAUAUUUCGUGCUGUUACUCAGUCUGACUAGGUCUUCAUGUGAACGAGAUUUGGUGUUUCUGCGCCGUCACUUACCACUCCUCUUCCUUCUGCUGCAGGUGGCGCCGCUGAGCCCCGUGCUGAGGGCCAAAUCUGAGGAGAGUAGCUCCGUGAGGUCGUCUUCAGGAGUGUUCGAGGAGUCGUGCGAGGCCAGUAACGACGCCUCCACCACCGCCUCCGUCGAACUCAGCUCCGACAAGAUGUAAGAGGAGCAUCUUGCUAGGAGAUCCAGUGGCUGGAACAGUGCUUAAGAGGUCCUGUUGCCGGGACAGUACAAGAAAUCCAGUUUAAGGGGAAAGGGCUAUUCAGAAAGACUUGCCUUAUAUGGGCCAAUAGGCCUGAUGCAGUGUUCCUACAUUAUGUUCUUACGUAACAGCUCUGCUCUUCUCCUGUCCAUGAUGUGAGAACGAAGACUGCGUAGGGCCACGCAUGGCGAUGUUAGUCUUUUCCAUGGAGAACCUUCAAAUGGUUACCAGAUUUUUUUUUUCAAAUUUCCUUCCUCAAACAUUUUUUUACUCAUAACAUGGGAACGCUUCAACUGAUCAGUUUCAAAAUUUCAAUGCUGGUGAACGGUAACUAGAUCACGAUUCCCUGAACAAUAGAAAUAUGCAGGUACCCUAUGACCAAGUUGAAAGACCCAUUCACAGCAUUCUGGGAUAACUCUGAUAACUUCUACAGCAUUCUGCGGUGUAACUUUGCACGGUCAAAACCAGGUGCCCCUAAUUCGACGACGGUAGAGAGUGAAAUUCAAGCGUGCAAGUGAAAAUCUGUCAAGUUAACGUGUAUAACAGCGUGAUACUUUGAUUUCCAUUCAAUCAUGCUGUUCCCAGCACAUUAGAUACUUGUUUUCCUAAAACUCCUGCAGUGAUCCACCUCACCAAUAUCACCGAGCAAAACGGUGGAGUGUGCAUGUUAACUUGGAUCUAUUGCCUACAUUACCUGCGAGUCAUGUCAUAUAUACAAACUUGUCUCCUUACCCCCACCACCUACUCUCGAAUGCAUCUGACCUUACCAAUACGUGAUCUUGCUGGUUCAUGGCCUCGUAUGUAACCUUUCUCCGAGCCUGAUCUCAUCUUGCAAAGGCUUUAUGGUCAUAUAUUUUCCCAUUACAGUACGAGUAUACUUGAUGAAGGCCAGCAAUGGGCAAAAUAUUAUAUUAAAUGGAUUCACAGCUAUCAAGUCAAAGCCUUCACAGCAGUGCCUUCCUAAGAGGGUCCAUGGCUAAGAUAGGGCCUUUUUAGAAGGCCCACUGAUUGGGCCAAUGCCUUCCUAGGAGAUUCAAUACCUGGGACAGUACCAUUCUAGGAGAUCAAGUUGCUGGGACAGUACCUUUCUAGGAGAUCAAGUUGCUGGAACAGUACCUUCCUAGGAGAUCCAGUGGCGGGAACUGUGCUUUCCUACAAUAUCCACUGGAAGAGUCAGGGCCUUCAUGGCAGAAGUGGCAAGGACAGUGCCUUCCUAGUUUCAGAGGCAAGACCAGUAUCUUCUUCCGUCUAGUGGCUGUUCAGUGCCUUCCUGGGACAUUUAGCUGGGACAGUGCCUUACAAAGAAAUCAAUAGAAGGAUCAGGACCUUCAUAGGGCAAGUGGGAGGGGCAUUGCCAUCCUAAGAUAUCCAGUUUCAGGAUCAUUAUCUUCCUAGACGGAUCCAGUAGUUGGGGCAGUGCCUUCGUAGGAGGUCCAGUAAAGCCUUUUCUCCCCUAGAAUUACAAGCAUGUGAGGAUGUACCUUUCUAUCAAUCAAAGUUUAUUCUCUAUAAGGAUUACAAUGCGGGGUUUAAAGAUUUUGGUUAUUGUGUGGUUUACAUGUAAUAAAAUACUAAUUACAGAGAGGGCCACUAGAACACCUAGCAUGGCUAGGCAUUUCGGGCAAACUUGGAUUAAUUCUUAACCUUAAAUUAUUGCAAAUUGUGGAGUAAGUUGACUAAAUACUAAGUGACUAAAUACCAAGUGACUAAAUACUAGUUUGUGAGAUUAGCUCAAGUGUCUGGCUAAAUCGUACUGAGGGAACUAGAAGGGGCCAAAUGUUCCUAGGAAGACAAGCAGCUAGGGAAGCGAUUUCCCAGGAGGACAAAUGACAAGCAAUUGAUUUUCCUAAAAAAAAUCAGAAAGCUGCAAGGCAUUUAGACAGUUGGAUCAUUGUGUUGGUUCACCUCAGAGUAAGUUCUGCAUCUUACUUUAAGGAACAAUUAUGGAAGACAUGUAUAAUUAUCCGGGGCAAAAAAAAUAAAUAACAGAGCUUUGAGAUAAAAAACUAUGCAAAACCUGGAUUUUUCAAUCUCAAAACUCUGCUACAUAUAUUUUUGUUUUUGCUACAGAUUGGUAUACAGGAAAAGAAGACAUUAUUACUUUUAUUUCCAUUAGGGAAUUUCGUCUAUAAGAGACUAAGUUAAACGUCGUGAUGAUACCUUUUGCAAUACAUGUGGGCUCUCAGCUAUACUCCUAGGAACGUCGAGUGACUGGGAUUCUAGGUUGUUUCCCUAGCAAGUUGUCAGCUUGUUCAUACAUGCUAGGGGAAAGAGGCUGUUCUUGUAUUUCUCCUGUUAUGCAUUGCUGAGAUUAUGUUUCUUUGUGCACAGGAGAUAAGGCAUCUGUCGUGAGAUUGGGAAUUGUUCCUGUGUCACUGCUUAAGAGAAUGGAUCUCGUGAGAUUAGGAAUUGCUCCACGGUCAUUCUCAAGAGAACACCCCCUUGAGAUCAGGAAUUUUUCCUUGGUCAUUCCUAAGAGAUUAUCUCUGAGAUUAGGAAAUGUUCCACUGUCAUUCCUAAAAUAAUAGCUCCUUGUGCCCUCUGCCAAGGUAUAGGUGCUUUUUUCAAUAAAAUAAUAACAAUCCUUAUUGGUUUGUAGAUAUUUUCUUCUAAUCUUUCUCUCCAUCUAAUAUUUCUCGCCUUUCAAAUGAUCUAUUUCCAAGCUUUUUACCUCUUCCAAUGACCUUUAGUAUUUUUCACCAGUUGAAAUAACCUCUCUCUCCUACCUUUUCACCCAUCAUAUGACCUUUCCGCACCUUCUCACCUCUUUAAAUGACCUCUCCUCCCCUCUCAACUCUCGAAAUUGCCUCGUUUCUUCACUUAUCGAUUUGCCAAAAAGGACUGAAACUUCGUCUCAAGUUUCGAAUUGAAAUUUAAUUUUGUCUCAUUUUAUCCAUAUUACAUCAUUAUGCUAAAGGUGUGCAGAGUCAUGUAAGGUUAUGUAUGAUUCCUUAUGAAGUACAUUAAAAAUACUUUUCUGCUAUCCAAAACGUGGCUAUCUUCUAUAUGUUUCUAUUAAUUAAAUUCUAUAAAAUCUAUUUGAUGUUUAUUGUGUCUCAUCCUGAGAGAUUUAUUGACUGAUCUCUGAAAAAUUCCUUCUCUUCAUUCACAUCUGAUUCACAUUUCAUCAUUGAUGCCUACUCCUUAAUUUAUUAAGCAUUGCUUAAUACUAUACAUAUUCCAGUGAUUUCAUCCACAUUGCUUUAAUAUACAUCCGAUAUCAUACACAUUUUCAUACACAUUCAUCCAUAUCAUACAUUUCUCCUCUAACACAUCAGACAUAGAUGUGUCACAUCUGCGUCUGUUUAAAUAACUGACCCAUUUACUACGACUAUUGUUGUGGAAUUUCUAUUCACUAAUAAUUCUCACUGGCAAUGAGAUAUAAACAAGUAUGGUAAAUAUAUUAUGGGUCC